GACACUCUCUUCCCUUAGAAUUCAAGUCUGUAAAACGAGCAAUGGUACAGAGUCGCCUCCUCUUGCUGAUCAGAAGAAAAUGUCUUUCAGGUAUUUCAGAUCUCUUGAAAAUUUAUAUAUUAGUGCACCGGAGGAUCUAGCACCAUUGCUGGAGGAGGAGGAGGAGACGAGAGGGCUAAGCUCGUCCCUGCAUCAGUUGGAGAUUAAAUGCUGCAAUUGGUUUUUCUCACCAUCACAGCAGUCAUCAUCACCUUUGGCGUUUUGGAAGAACCUUACUUCUCUCCAAUCUUUGCGCAUGAUUUCUUGUGAUGAUCUGGUCUACUGGCCGGAGGCGGAGUUCCGUGGCUUGAACUCAGUGAAGAAGAUAGAAAUCUCACUUUGCAACAUGUUGGUUGGCCCGUCACAUUUGCCAUUAUCCUCGUCAUCAUCAGGGGACGGAGAGCUCCUACCAAACCUGGAACAUCUGCUUAUUCAAAGUUGCGACGGUCUGCAGGAAUUGCCCAAGUUGCCUGCAUCCCUCAGAUCAUUGACUGUCUUCCACUGCCCCAAAUUGAAUUCUUUGACGGAAGACCUGCGACUCCUACCAAACCUGGAAGAGCUGGAUAUUGUCUAUUGUGAUGGUCUGCUGGAAUUGCCCAAGUUGCCUGCUUCCCUCAGAUCACUGAAUGUUGGCUUCUGCCCCAAAAUAAAUUUCUUGACGGAAGGCCUGCGACAUGCCACCUCUCUUGAGAGUGUCAAAAUUUCAAAUUGCCCAAGCCUGACUUCUCUACCGGUAGAUUUGGGGCACCUAACAGCACUCAAGAAGAUGGAUAUCAACAAGCUUCCUGGCUUGGAAUCUUUGCCACAAGGGCUGGGACAGCUUGCUGCACUCGAAUGUCUGAGCAUCAGCACGUGCAGCAAAUUGUCAUCUCUGCCAGAAGGGAUGCAGGGCCUCACUGCCCUUAAGAAGCUGUCUAUUAAACAUUGCCCUCGGCUGUCAUCACUCCCAGAAGGUCUACAACGACGGCUCCCUGGCCUUCAGCAUCUAGAAAUUGUAGGGUGCCCCGACCUGGAGAGACAGUGUAAGAGAGGAGGACCAUAUUGGGACCUUAUCUCACGCAUCCCCAGUACCAAAAUAUUAUCUGAGAGGAGGUGCAACUUCAGCGCAUCCCUUUCUUCCUUUUCUUGCUUUAGAAGACCAUCUACAGUUUAAUGUCAUCCCAGUCCUUUCGAGAUGAGCAGAAAAUUUAGCUUCAAAAUGAAUUAAGAGCGUUCAUGGUACAAGCAGCUUUCUUGUCGAUCAUUUCAGCAUUCAAUCCAGCAUCAGGAGAAACGACAAAUCCUUUGAUAAAUUUUUAAAUAUAUCCAAGCCUUCAAUGAUCAAGUGUCUCCAUGUGAAUCUUCUUGAUACAUUUCCUUUUGCUGUUGUUAAGCAUUUAAAGGGACACUAGGAAGAGAAAAGCUUAAUUCCCUUUUAGAAGAUGUCAUUUGGCAUUUAAUGUUGUUUUGAUUGUUUUCUCUUAACCUUAUUUUAUUUGAUGUCCUUCGAUAUAUAGAUGUUGUGUUUGAAGACUUUGGAUGGUACUUCAGCUUCAUGCACCAAAAACAAUUAAAAGAUGGAGAUGUACUUUAUUAAUUAUUUCAGCAUCCACUUUGGGUGCUCUAACUCUGUUUAAGUAGUAUCGUAUAAAAGCUAUUUGAUUGA